AUGGUGAACUCUUGUCGAUCUCAGUCGUGUGGGUUAAAAGCAAAUAUCCCAAUAUUUUUUUCAAAAUUAUAUUCCAAGGUUCUCCAAACGGUGUUCACGUAUUCCUGUAUUCGCCACGGCAAGGUCACAUCUGGUGGACUGUUUAUUUCGUGGUUGCUGUUUACGAUUUGUGGCCUUCCUGAAAUGCUCUACUGGUCACGUCUCAGAGAAAUUCAUCUGAUGGACGGUUAUAGAAAAAUAGCACAUAUGAUAUGGUGGCCAUUAUGUCUUGUUCAGCUCUUACUUCAUUGUUCUGCUGAUCCCUGUGCCUGUGCUUCUAAAGUUACAAGCAGUCCUGGAAAUCCUUCUCCCGAGCUGCUGUCAUCUUUUAUCAGUCGGAUAACAAUGUGGUGGUUCAACGAUAUGUGCAAAAAAGGAGUAAAGAAGCCUCUCGAGGUUUGUACAAUACGACGACCGAGCGAACUGAUCCGUCCUCACUCACUUCUUUCUUUCAUUCGUUGA